GCGAACGCCACGGGCGCCGUGCCCUGAGAACGACCGCCGCUGUGUCUUGAGAACGACCGGGUGGUGCGAGAGAAGGGACGAGGGGACAGUGGCAGUGGCGGUUGAACGCAGAAGCUGCGAGGGUGGUGAUGCUUAUGUCGGGUUGUGGUGAUCAAACGCGAAUUCGACAGCACUCGGUGACUGUGGGUUGUCCUAGCUGUUGAUUUGUUGGAGAUUGGCUGGGAGGUGCUAGAAGCCAUUGUUAUCCUUUGUGAACAGCCGAUUUGUGCGGCACGAUGGACGUGCCAGCAGAGUACCACACUCUGAUGAAACAGGCUUACGGACUGACGAGCCCGGAGUUGACACAGAAUGGCUCCAAGUAUCUGAAAAAGAAGGAUACUAAGAACAAAAAGGCAGCCGGAAGAACCGAGUCUGCAUCUAAGGCAGCCAAGGCGGCGAAAGCGGCCAAAAAGGUUCAGGAGCAAAAGAAACUAGGUGAACAGAAGAAACUGGAGGAACAGAAAAAGUCGGAUGAGAGCAAGGCGAAAAAUGCUGACGAGAAGCGCGGGUCGGUUGUGCAGCUUCUGUCGAGCCGCGGCCGGGCAAAGAGCUGCAUCGACCUCACCCAGAAUGGCGACACGGAGGAGAGCAACUCCUUCAAACGACGCGCCAUGCAGCGCAAAUCACUUUACGUCAAGUCAAGCAUCACCAAGCGGAUCAAGGAGGUGCACAAGUCGCUGACCUCGCUGGUCACGGAGCCGGAGGACGGACCCGUGGCGCUGGACUCUCCGAGCUCACCGGACGCGGCCUCUCUCGGCUCGGCGGCAGCCUCUUCGAGUCCGACAGCUUCUCCUUUCGCGACCGCCCCAGCGGCGGACUGCGACUCUCCCAGGGUCGUGGCCCCCCCUCCUCUUUGGUCGCUGGCCACGGACCCUCUCUCCCUGCUGCGUGAGGCGUACCAGCGGCAGUGUCAGGCGGCCGAAGGUUCCAAAGGGGAGGCGGGCCCCGUCAGACGCAGGGCCAACAGUCUGCGGAUCCGGGCGGUGAGGAGGACCAAUUCGAUGCGCCGCAGCUGGGACCCGAGACUGGCCGACCUCCUGGAGAGCACUGCACUGGAGGGCGAGGAGGAGGCAGCGGCGGCAGCAGCGGCAGCGGAGCGGGGGAGUGUGGCCGAGGCAGAGUCUGAAGACUCGAAAGAGGAGAGUCCUGGCGAAACACCCCAAGAAACAGUCGACUCCGGAAGACGAACGGGUCAUCGCGUGCGGAAGCCCGUGGCCAGAUCCCAAUCGGCCCACCAGAUAGGCAAAUGGAGCGACAAACUGGCCAGCCUUAUCGGUCCUACCGGCUACAGCAGCCACUCAGCCAGCUCCUCUGGUCAGGAGAAGGUGGAAGAGAGUGGUCGCGGCAGGAGCCGGCCGCAGAGCGAGCACAUCGAGCUCGCGCUCUCCCCAGGUUUGGCCCACCAGAAGAUCGCGAGCAGCACGUACUCUCUGCCGGCUCAGAUCGACUGUAUUUCGGAUAUCGAGGACGACGCAGCGCAGCCUCCGAGAGACAAGGAUGACUCACGACUAGAGGUCCGGAAGGAGAAAAAGAGGAACAAGCUCACGCGAAGGAAGGCCUGCUACAGACAAAAGAAGGAUCAGGGCCGGUCGCGCAGUCUGACGCAUAUCGACACGCUCGACCCGGCGAUGCUGGUGCACCAGGAGGACGGUGACCGGCUGUCAGAGCCGGACACCCCCGGUCGGCUGCACGAGAGCGGCGGCAUGCGCAGGAAGAAGCUGGCCGCCCACAAUAAGGUGGUCAGUUCGGAGUGCUUCAGCGUCAGCUUCGACAUCAACUCGUCGGAAGAGGUUCCCGAAGAGUUCGUCUCUGCCGUCAAAGGCACUGUCCUCAGGGAGGCGCUGAGCCAGGUGUGUGAGCAGCAUCGGAUCGACAUCGACUCGAUUAGCGUGUACCUGGAGAACGGGCGCACGCCGCUGCCGCUGCUCACCACAGAGACCUACUGGCUCGGCGGAAAACACCUGCGCAUCAAAGUUCGUGAUCACGACAGCAAGAGUCCCGUGAGGUCAAAGUCGUCCUCCAGUCACUCGUCGGCACCCACGCGCAAGUCCUCAGGGAGUUACCGCGGUAUGGUGACCAAGCUGAUGAACAGUGCCGAGGAGACCUCCUCAGGGGACGGACCCGCGCCCGGUUCCUCUGAGGGCUCCCUGAAGGUCAACAAGACCAGCAAACAGCAUACGCGCUGGAGUGGCAUCUUCAGCAACAGCUCAAUGAAGGAGCCGAGUGCUGCCCGCAUGGACCAGAUGAUCCAGUGUUUGGACAACUACAGCACCCACGGCAUUCCGCGCCUGCCUUACCUGGUCAACUUUGACGGCGACGCCGCGGAGGAGGAGGAGCUGUAUAACCUGGAGAGCGACUGGCGGGAGCUGGUGGACGCGCCGGAGACCCUGUCGGAGAGGCGGCACCAGCAGCAGAAUGCCAUCUGGGAGUUGGUACACACGGAGGCCGCCUACCUGCACACGCUCAAAGUCAUCACUGACUUGUUCCUCUCGUGCCUGUGCAACCUGCAACACUGCGGCAUCCUCACUGACGUCAGCACCGAGAAACUCUUCUCCAACAUCCAGGAGAUUUACGCGGCCAACCGCCACUUCUGGCACGAUCACGUGCUCCGGAUGCUGACCAAGGCGCGCAAGAGCCGCCAGCCGCUGGACAUCACCGAAAUGCGAGACGGCUUCGCUCAGUUUGAGGAGAUCUGCCACCCGUACACUCGCUACUGUCUGGAUCAGAACAACAGCAAACUGUACUGCAAGUCACUCUCACGCAGCAACGGACUCUUCAACGGAUACCUGGCGUGGUGUGAGACGCAGAAGGACUGUAACCGGCUGAGGCUGGUGGACAUCCUGGCCAAGCCCUGGCAGCGCCUCACCAAGUACUCUCUGCUGCUGAAGGCGAUCCUGAAGAAGACAGAGCCGCAGGAGGAGCAGGCCAUUCUGAGGCAGAUGAUCGAGGAUGUGGACGUGUUCGUGGGCAGCGUCGACGGAUCUCUGCGCAGUCGGCACGAGCAGGAGCGGCUCAGCGCCAUCAUAGGCCGCAUCGACAGCUACGACUGCGUGGACACCAAGGACGAUGAGCUGGAGAAGGCGAUGAAGCCCCACCUCUCGCUGGACCUGACGUGUCCGAUGCCGGGCUGCAGCGACGUCCACCGGCGCUACCUGCUGCUGGAGGGCGAACUCAAACUGAGGGAUCACGUCUCUUCCAAGGUGGACGUCCGCUGCUUCCUCUUCACCGACAUGCUGUUGGUGUGCAAGCCGCUGACCAAGAAGGGGGACAAGGUGCGGGUGAUCCGCCAGCCGUACGUGAUCGACCGGCUGGUGGUUCAGGAGGGCACUAAGGACGCCGCCCUGCUCUGUGUCUACCUGAACGAGUACCAGCUGGCCACGGCGGCCUUCACCCUCUACUGUUCCGACAGCCGGCACUGCAAGAACUGGGUCGACUCAGUGAAGAAGGCCCAGGAGAAGUACCGCGAGGCGCGCCUGGCCACCAUCAACCAGGAGUACGUGUUCUAUGACGACGAUGACGAGCUGGAGCCGCCGACCACGGCGCUGAUGACGUCCCGCAGCCCGCGCGGCAGCAGCCGCACCAGCCGCGUGCCCAGUCUCAUCCACUCGCACAGCAGCUCGAUGGACAACAGCGACCCGAGCGGAGUGUCCACCCUGCAGACGAGUCCGGCGCGCGCGGCGGCUCUGGCGGCCGCCGGGGCCGACGAGCGACUGAACCUGCCGGAGAGGUCGGCGUCGGAGGACCACCCACCGGCCCGCCUGCGUGGCUCGCUCAGUCCCAGGACGGAGAGGAGGCCGAUGCUGCGCUCGGUCGGCUCCACCCCCAACCAGCUCUCGGUGCUGACUCACCUGACGCCGGCGGGCCAGUCGCUGCCCAACCUGUCGGCGGCCGAGGCGGCGCAGCAGCUCUCAGUGCCCGCCCCGGCACAGCGGGGCCUGCAGUCGGCGCAGCGCGGCGUCACCUACCCGCCGCUGUCGCCGCGCACUCUGCGCCGCAGUACGGCCGUCCAGCCGCCGCCCCGCAACCCGCCGCUGGCCCGCGCGCGGCACGUCACCACCGACGGCGGCAGCUGCCCGUCGCCGCCGCCGCCGGCCGCCGCGCCGCCCCCGCCGCCGCCCCCGCCGGCGCCCGCCUCCGAAACAGGCUGUCCGUCGGGCGACUCUGACGAGCCGGAGCCGGCCGACGCCGAGAGUCGGAGCCGCCGUCACUCGAGGGACCGGCUGGAGAACCGACGGUACCACACGGCCGGUGCCAUCGAGGACAUGAAGAAGCAGGAGAGCCGUGAUGCCAGCAUCCAGAAGCGGCUGUCGUGGAACUGCGGCCAGCAGCCGGCGCCGCCGCCCCAGAUGGCCCGACAGACACAGGCGCUGCGCGGCCGCGGGGGACACGGCGGCACGGGCUGUCUCAGCUCUGACAGCGUGCACAGUAGCAGUGGCGUAAGCAGCGUCAACAGCCUCCACCUGAGCAUCGGCUCAGAGUUCGAGGAGGGCCUGUUCAGCGAUAACCUGGACGAGGUGCUCGCAGCAGAGACGGACCCGGCGCAGACGCUGGUGGAGGCGACAAACCUGGCGCAGCGUCUGAAGCUGAGCCCGCACAUCUCCACCACAUACAUCUCGACGGACGAGCUGAGCUGCGCGGGCGUCUCGUGCGUCUCAUCCAGCGUACAAAACACUGAUAGCGGAGUGAAAAUCGACAUAUCGGAGGCGCCCGACGGCGUACUGUCCCGUGUACAAAUCACCGUCAACGACGGCUCGCCGGCCGGCCAGACGGCGCUGGAGACGGCCGACGACGGAGACGACGACGGGGCCGACGAGCAGCCGUCGCCGGCGGCGAGCCCGGCCGCCACGCCGCCGCAGUGGAACCAGUUCGAAUUUCUGCUCAGCGACAGCACUAUACGCGCCUCGGAUGUAUGAGAUACGGAGCACCUAAUUUAGCUAGUGUUGAGUGACGCCGGCCGGCCGGCCGGUCCCGGUCCGGCGCCGGCCGGCGGCGCCCACCCCGACUCCAAAGUUUCGCUGUGAUACGCCGCCGCGCGCGCCGCGCGACAGUCGGCGGCUGGCGGGGCGCGUCCCGGCGGGCUGCGGGCGGCCCCGGCCGACCCCCGGCCGGCGCGGCGGGGAGACCACGCCGGCCCACGGCCGACGCCGCCCGCGCGCCGCCUACCUCAGCCGCCGCCCCGCCCCCCGCCCCCGCACACGCCCACAUUCCAGUCGACUGUACCUGGCGUGAAGUGUGUGACGCGCGUCCUAUGUCCCUGGUGCGCCGAUAUCGAUGGCGGACGCAGGACGGAUACCAUUGUAUAUGAUUUGCUUAGUGGGACGGGCGCGUUGCCCGCAUCGAAUCUGGGAGACAGAUCACCAAUGUAUUACUCUGCGAAUAAUAAAUAUUAGUUCUAA